AUGACUCGUCGAGUCAUCUCCAGCGGCUAUCACCCAAUGGAGCAGAAAAAUGACAACUUUGCAGCUCUCAGGCAGUAGUCACCUAACGGAGAAGAGCUGGAUGGAGGUGGGGCACGUGUCUGACGUGACUCAGUCGUUGUAUGUUAAAUCACGCAAAUAUAAAAUUUAUAAAACUAGAAAAUACGAAUUUUCGGAUAUUUAGAAGUAUUUCUAAAUAAAUAUAUCAAUUAUAAUUCAAUAAAAAUUCCAAAAAUAGCGGUAAUUUUCCAGGUCGAUCACAGGGAUGUAAUAUAAUAUCUGGUAAUUAUUCAGAAUUUUUCUCAAUGAGUACAAUUUUCUUACGAAUUUUAUACUAGGAAAUAAAAAGGAAAUAUAUUUAAAAUUCACAAAAAAAAGGAAAUAAGGGUGCGGACGUCAGGAUGACGUCAGCGCCCGGCGAACGCGAAUCAGGCGGAAACAGAGUUCCGCCCGGCGAUUCUUACGUAGGCGAUUACAGACGACUCAAUUAAUCAAAUUAAGAUCUGUAAAAGCCGGAAGAAUCGUAGUUGAACGAAGUAUAGUUUGGUAA